GGAUGGCCUUUGGCCACCCCCCGAAUAUUUGCGCUACAAUUCGGCGGGGGAGGUGGGUGGAAGAAGUGGGAAAGGGCGAGAGGGAAAAAGAGCUUAUGAUUUCAGAAGCUUCCUUCCAGGGUUUUUUUUUUUUUUAAGGUUUUCUUUUUUAAAUGAAGCAUGUACAAGCAUAGCGUAAAUCAUGUUGACUUACUUUAAACGAUUGCUCGAUCAAGGAAAGGAGGAAGAGAGGGGAAAUUUAAUUUUAGAAAUAGUUUACUAGGUUUUUGCCUUCCUCUCCAUAGUACAUCAGGGUCUUAAACAGCCUUUCUUGAAAUAAGCUCAAUUGAUUUCUGCAGGAGGUGCUUCUUAUUAAAUGAGUUCACAACAAUUGCAGCUCUGGAGCCCUGCUACCUCGAAGCCUGCAAGAUUUUUUGGGGUGGGGAGCCAAAUGGCAGUUUAUAAGGAUGAAAGAAUUUUGGAUCGAGAAAACGGUGCUGGAAAAACAGUUUUAAAGCCCUCCCCUUUACAUUGCUAUGGCAUUGAUCCAGUAAAAGAGGUGUAGAUGCUUUUAGGAUAAAGUACUCUUGUCACUGGCUUUCUAUGAUUCUUGUAAAUAAUCCCUUAAAAAUCUUAUAUAGUGAAGAAAUGCUUUAUAAAAAAAACCCCUCCCCCCCUAAAGCAGAGGUUUUAGGAUUUGUUUUCAUAUCUGCAGAGCUUUCCAUUUCCUUAAUAUUGAAACAUGCAUUAAAUAUGCUAUUUGAAUUGAAGAACAAAAUGUAGUCAAGCAGAAAAUUGUAUAUGCUGAUUUCCUUUUUUUCCCUGGACUUCAGAUCUUAUAGGGCAUAUUUGACUUGGAAGCAUAUGGUUUAAAAAACUGAAAUGGUUUUUAAGGUGUCAUAUUUAUGCUAUUACAAUUAAUUAUUUUAUAACUGUAUACUGGAUUUCAAAAACUAGAUUGCUUAAAUCAUUAACAUGAACAUUUAUAGAUAUUUUUUAUUCACAUUUGUAUUUCUAUUUUAUUGGUGUCUGAUUUAAUUUGCUCUCAAUAGCUUUAAUUCAAAUCAUUGUUUCUUAAUAUGGUGCCCUCAGCUGAGUUCUUGAAGACUGUUUGAGGGGUAAUGCUGGUUUAGGUGAUCCAAGAGUCUGAUCUAUUCAGCUUUUUUUAAAUCAACAAAGUGGAGGAAAAUGUAGACAACAUAAUAGGACUAUAGUUAUAAAUCCCUUCUAUCCGAUGGGCUUUCAGAUAUUUGAGAUACAUAGAGUAUACUAUAUAUAUUUGAAGCCAGUGGGCAUUAGCACUGACUAUGGAGUUUACCUGUGCAAAAGUUAGAAGGUAUAAAAAAAAUCUAGAGACAAAGGAUCCUUUCCCCCAGAAACAGAAUUAAUAAAUCUUUUUUUUUAAUGAACAUGAAAUAAAAUGGCUUCCUGUGGUUCUUUAGCUUGAUUAUGGGCUCCCUUCCACUCUCUAAGGUUUAUAUGAGAUGUGUUAUUUUUACUGGCUAACAGACAUGUGUUAUUUUUACUUAGAAGUUAUGAAUCAGGCUUGAUGACAUGGUAAAUUGCAAACAAUAACUUUUGCAUAGUUUAUGAUGUCACACUUCAUGCUAUACUCAGCUAUAGACACUUGGAUCAAAUAUUUGUGAAGACAGAUCUGAAAGCAGAAGCAUCAAUUUUACUGUGGUGAUCAGCAAUGAGUACAUUUGUGAAAAGGUACCUUGAGAAAUUACACAAGAGGGCUAGUGUUAGUGACAUUUGUCCACCACCGCUUUUGCCACUGACCAAAGCUAAUAUUCAACCAGGGACAGAAAAUGAAAGAAUUGGGCUUGUCAGAGAUAGCAUGUUCCAGAACCCCCUUAUCUUAAAGCCAGAGCUAGGAAGGACCCGCAGAAGGUGCGCAAAGAUUCCAGGAGCCAAUUUUGUAUAUGGCCUAAGUGUGCGUGGGAUUGAUGGAGGAGUCCCUGAAGCCAUAGGGCACUGGCAGGUUAUGCCACCUCGUGUUAUCAAAAGGAAAGAAAUACCCAAAGAUUUUAUUCACAUGCAUAGUAAGGGAAUUAAGGCUGGUCUUUUCACUGCAAAAGAACACCAUCUAUAUUGUCAGCACCAUGAGCUUCACUGCAAAACGACUGCUGCCAAAACCUUCCCCAAAGCUGCACUUCGUCUUCCCGAUGCUAUGACAUAUGGGAAGCCAUAUCCUCCUCCUACACCCAUAACAGAGAUCCUUCAACAUAAGUUUGGUGACCAGUGGCUGCAAGAGCGUCGGAAAGCUGACAUGCACCGUAAGCAGAAGAAACAUUUGAAAAAACGAGAGAAAACACACGAGACCCGCAUGACAAUGUUGAAUAAAUAUCAAAUCCCUAUGAAGGUAGAUUCACAAUGGCACAUGCCAAAAUUUCAGAAGAUUGCUCGCCAUCUUGACACCUUCCCAAGUCAAGAAGAUAGACUGAAUGCCAUGAAAGCACAGCAAAUUGAAGCACCAGUCCGACGUGGCCUGUUUGGUCGGGGCAUUUAUACGCAUAUAUAGGGCUCAGCUUUAUAAAGAAACAAACGACUUAAUAUACUUCAGUAUGAGCUCUGUGCUGUGAUAAAAAGUUUGAUGGAACCUGCCAUAAGUAGCAUUAAAAUGAAGCUCCCUGUGAAAA